AUGGCAGUCACUAAAGUCCACGCGCGCUCCGUCUACGACUCCCGUGGUAACCCCACCGUGGAGGUUGACGUCGUCACCGAGACUGGCCUCCACCGUGCCAUGGUUCCGUCUGGAGCCUCUACCGGCCAGCACGAAGCCUGUGAGCUCCGAGACGGUGACAAAACUAAGUGGGGCGGCAAGGGCGUGGGCAAGGCCGUCGAGAACGUCAACACCAUCAUUGGCCCUGCGCUGAUCAAAGAGGCCAUCGAUGUCAAGGACCAGUCCAAGGUCGAUGAGUUCCUCAACAGCCUUGAUGGCACCACCAACAAGACUAAGCUUGGUGCCAAUGCCAUCCUGGGCGUCAGCUUGGCUGUCGCCAAAGCCGGCGCUGCUGAGAAGGGUGUGCCUCUGUACGCUCACAUCUCCGACCUUGCCGGGACCAAGAAGCCAUACGUCCUCCCUGUGCCUUUCAUGAACGUGCUCAACGGAGGAUCCCACGCUGGUGGCCGCCUCGCCUUCCAGGAGUUCAUGAUCGUCCCCAGCGACGCUCCCACCUUCUCCGAGGCCAUGCGCCAGGGUGCCGAGGUUUACCAGCAGCUCAAGGGCCUGGCCAAGAAGAAGUAUGGUCAGUCCGCCGGCAAUGUCGGCGACGAGGGUGGUGUUGCUCCCGAUAUUCAGACGGCCGCCGAGGCCCUGGAUCUCAUCACCGAGGCCAUCGAGAAGGCCGGCUACACGGGCAAGAUGAACAUUGCCAUGGAUGUUGCCUCGAGCGAGUUCUACAAGGAGGCCGAAAAGAAGUAUGACCUCGACUUCAAGAACCCCGAAAGCGACAAGUCUAAGUGGAUCACCUACGAGGAGCUCGCUGCCAUGUACUCCGACCUGUGCAAGAAGUACCCCAUCGUCUCCAUCGAGGACCCCUUUGCCGAGGACGACUGGGAGGCUUGGAGCUACUUCUACAAGGCGCAGGACAUCCAGAUUGUAGGUGAUGACUUGACCGUCACCAACCCUGUGCGCAUCAAGAAGGCGGUCGAGCUCAAGGCCUGCAAUGCCCUCCUUCUCAAGGUCAACCAGAUUGGUACCUUGACCGAGUCGAUCCAGGCCGCCAAGGACUCGUAUGCUGACGGCUGGGGCGUCAUGGUCUCUCACCGGUCUGGUGAGACCGAGGAUGUGACCAUUGCUGACAUUGUCGUUGGUAUCCGAUCGGGUGAGAUCAAGACUGGUGCUCCCUGCCGGUCUGAGCGUCUUGCCAAGCUCAACCAGAUUCUCCGCAUCGAGGAGGAGCUAGGCGACCAGGCCAUCUAUGCCGGGGCCAACUUCCGAAAGUCUGUCAACCUAUAA